AUGCGGGCACAAGGGUCUCUGCUGCCUAGCAGCAGCAGCAGCAGCAGCAGCAGCAGCAGCAGCAGUGGGCACGUGCGCCCCCCACUGGCUAGGCUGGCUUCCCUGCUGUGCAGCACUGGGGCCCUUAGCACCGAUACAGCAGCAGCCGCAGUUCUGAGCGCGCAGCAGCAGCAGCAGCUGCAGCACGAGCUCCAGCAGCUGCUGCUGCGGCACCUAGCUGCAGCACAGGAGCAGGGCCGCGCUGUUGCUGCACCUCUCGAUGCUGCUGCUGAGAUGGUGGAGAGGACUGAAGUCCUUUCGGAGCUGCACGAGAGACUGAGGGGCGCUGCUGCUGCUGCGCCUCCCUCGCUCUUCUCCCGGCUCUCCACUCUGCUGCUCUCGAAGGAGCAGCAGCCGCUGCAGCGGCCCCACGCCAUCCUCAGAGUGCUGCUGCUGCUCUCUAGGGCUCCACAGCUGCAGCAGCAAAGUGUGGGCCAAAAGGCGCCAGCAGCAGCAGCAGCAGCAGACGCAGCAGCAGCGACAACGGGGAGGGGACGCCAGACACCGCGCGCAGCCGCGACACCGCGUGGCGGGCUCGUGAGCAGCAGCAGCAAUGCCGCAGCAGCAGCGACAGCAGCAGCACACACAGCAGCAACAGCAGCAGCAGCAGAAGGGGAUGCCACCUCUGCAGACUCUGCGCAGCACUUGGCAAUGUCCCUCAGCCACAGCGGACCGCCAGCAGCAAGGAGACUUGAGCCUCCGGUGCUGCAGUCGCAGCCAGCCUGUGCUUACGACCUUUGGGGCGCCGACGAGAUUUCCCUCUUGAGAGACCUUCUUUUCGUCUUGCAAGAUUACCGCCGUCGUUAUGCGCUGCCGCAGUUGCUGCUGCAUUUGCUGCUGCAGUUGCUGCUGCAGCUGCUGGCACUGCAUUACGAGCGCAUGGAGGGCAGGUUUGUGCGCUUCGAUCCGCUGCUGCAGACGGCUCGCCUGUGCUCCCCUGUGAAGGCGUCGCGCAGCGUCCUGGGCCUUGUCGCCCGCGUGGGGUCUUUGGGGUGUAUGUACACCCGAGUGAAAGCGGCUGUGGAGGAGCCAGGGGGCUCCUUCCUGCUGCCCCGUCCCUUAACUGCUGAGGCAUUUCGCCAGAGCGUCGCAGCAGAGCUGCGCCAGUACUUCAAGCUCAUCGCCAUCCUCGAAGAAGACAUCGCGCGGUUAGCAGCAGCAGCAGCAGCAGCAGGGAGAGCAGCAGGGGAAACAGCAACAGGGGAGCAGCAGAGGGAGCAGCAGCAGCUGCAGAACGCCGAAGCCGCAACAGACCCAUCGGCAGCAGGAGCAGCAGCAGCAACAGCGCAGGGGGGCCUACCCACUUUGCGGCGCCUUGCAGUCUGGCUGCAGGGCCCUUACCAGCGCAUGCGGCUUUUGGUGUCUCUGACGGAAGCCGCGAAAGGGCUGAAGGGUGCUGCCCUCCUCUCCACUAUUUAUGCUCACUGCUCAUCAGGGGAUUCCGAGUUGCGCACUGUCGCCCUCCAGAUUGUAGGCGGUUUCCUGCUGCAAGGGCCCAUCCAACAAAGCAGCAGCAGACAGCAGCAGCAACACCCACAGCAGCAGCAGCAGCAGCAAGGCGUAGUAUUUGUGCGUGUGUUUUUGCAUCAGCUCCACCGAUCUCUCCUGCCGAUGGCCGACGCUAUUGAAAGCUGGACCAAAUAUGGACACCUACGGGAUGAAGAAGGCGAGUUUUUCAUCCGCGAGGCGCCUCAAGACCCGCAGCUGUCCAGUUGGCGGUCUCGGUUUGUCCUGGUGCGCGAGAACAUUCCAUCUUUUAUGCCGUCGCUUCUGCCUGAGCGGCUCUUGUUGGCUGGAAAGAGUGUCCUCUAUAGCGAGCUGCUGGAGAAGCCGCCAAAAGCUACAGCAAACCUACAGCUGCAGCAGCAGCAACAGCAGCGGGAACUACCUGCCACUUUGCAGGAGCUUCUCUCUCUCGAGGAGCAGCAACAGCUGCUCCAGAGCCCACAACAGCAACAGGAGCAUCAGCAACUGCUACCGCAGCGCCACGAUGAUCAUGGGCUGCUGACUCCGCAGGGCCAGCAGCAGCAGCAGCAGCAGCUGCUUCUGCAGGAGCAGGAGAUGCUGAGGCAGCCGCACGACCCUGAGUUGCCACUGCUGCAGAAAAUUGAUGAACGAGUUGCAGCUGCUUCCACGAAGGGCAACCAAAGGCAAGCAGCAACAGCAGCAGCAGCGCUGGAAAAGGAAGUAGCAGUAGAGCUGUCAGUGGCAGCAGCAGGCGGAGCAGAUGCCGCAACGCUGGUAGAGCUGCUGCUGUGGGAGCACGACCUGCUUAGCUAUCUCGAGGCCAUCAGACGGUUUUUGCUACUGGCGGACGGCGACUUCACUUCGUUGCUGCUCGAUGCCGCCGCACAGCAGCAGCAGCAGCAGCAGCACGGCGGCACCAUAUCCCUGCAGCCCCUCAUCCUCUCGGCCAUAGACACAGCAGCAAGGCAGUGUCAGUCGGACAAACUGCAAAGGCAGCUGCAGCAACAGCAGCAGCAAGAACAGCAGCAGUGGGCAAAACAGCAGGAGCAGCAACGCAACCUCCGUGUGAUUCUUGUGUUACCGCAGGCAGCAGCGGAGUCAGCCUGUUUGCUGCUGCACCAGCUCUUGCCUUCGCUCUGA